CAUCCUCCCCCCUCACCACCGCUGUCUUCAUAAUCAUCUUCUCUCUCGUGAUUGAUUGCAUGGCUUUUAUGAACAAAAUCAAAAUGUUUUGAUUCUGAGUUGUGUGACUGCAAAACCCCAGUUGCCCUGCAAACCCCCCUAAUGAAACAACCGGGUGUGAUUAUGCUGCGGAAACCCGAUGGGGGAUGACAUGUUCUGUCGUCGUGUUCGCUACGGCCUCCAUGUGCUUUCGUCUCCCUGUGUUUGAGCAAGGGGGCGAGGGAAACAUAAAGCCGUAGCGGAACAUAAUGGCGGCACUCGUCCACACUGAGUGACAUAUCCAAGAUUAGCUUCACGGCACACAGAGAUUUGAACCCAGUGGAAAAUGUGAUGUGAGGGCAAUUGAACACAGCAUAAUGUACAAAAAGGGGCUUAGAGCAGGGUUAAGGUUCCAGUAUGUAUAUACUCAGACUGAUGGAGAAAGGUCAGGGGGUUUGUACAGAUGUACUGUACAGAUGUAACCUUUCAAAGACAGAACGUGUUUUGAAAUGGCAUAUCUGUCCAAACAGCAUACGUCCGAGUUAAUAUCCAUCAAAAGAACCUCCAGAGUGGUCCUCUCCGUUACAACUUCGCUGUAGCCGCAGAGUAUUAAAGCUGAUGGUUCUGUAAGACGAUGCAGAUGUGCAGAGUUGACACAGCGCCACUAAGCAUCUGCCAUUCAACUGGGGGUUUGCAGAAACACACACAAACUAACUUAAAUCUUGAUCUAUUUAACGCAGUUCUUCUCUUUUAAUCAGACUUUUAACAUUAACAAAUCGGAUGUCUUGCAUUUUGUGAUUUUUCCUCAAACAAUUCCCUUUACAGUGAUUAGAAAGCACAGUGCCAGAGCACUUGUUUACUUGUGUAUGUGCUCGUGCAUUGCAUGUGUUCUUUUGUCCUACUUCCUUGUUGUGGCUUAUAAAAGGGUUUCACUGGUGAUGGGUAACAUGUGCUCUUCAGCUCAGCUCUGCCAUGCCCCUCCAUGGAAACCUGAGGGUUCGCAGAAACAGCGAGAAACUGGGGAACCCGGAAAGGCAGAGGAAACGUCUGGACAAGAAGGCGGCGUCCACGGCCAACCUCCUCACCCGCUCCCCCAGCCUGGAGAACCGAGCUAAGGAGCUGAUCUCCAGUACAGGUUCCCCUGGAUCCAGAAGAGGAACCUACAGCCAAGAACAGUCGAUCAAAAUGUUCAUCCGAGGCCGGCCGAUAACCAUGUACAUCCCCUCUAACAUCCAGAACUACGAGGACCUGAAGAUGGAGACGCCCUCCGAGAGACUGGAGCUGGACUGGGUCUAUGGUUACCGAGGACGGGACUGCCGGGCCAACCUGUACUUCCUUCCAACGGGCGAGGCAGUCUACUUCAUCGCCUGCGUGGUUGUGCUUUACCACAUCAACAACCGCACACAACGCCACUAUCACAAACACACGGAUUGUGUCCGCUGUCUUACCGUCCAUCCUGACAAGGUGCGCGUGGCGUCUGGCCAGACAGCCGGGGUGGAUAAAGACGGCAAGCCGCUGCAGCCUUGUGUUCACAUCUGGGACUCCACCACCCUGGUCACCCUGCAGCAGAUCGGCCUGGGAACCUUCCAGAGGGGAGUGGGAUCGGUCGCAUUUUCCUUCGCCGACUCCGGAGCGUUCCUGUGUGUGAUCGACGACUCGAAUGAACACAUGCUGUCAGUGUGGGACUGCAGCAAGGGGACCAAGCAUGCAGAGGUCAAGAACACCAACGAGGCCGUGUUCGCCGUGGAGUUCAACCCCAGCGACAGCACCAACAUCAUCACCUGCGGUAAAUCCCACGUCUACUUCUGGACGCUCAUUGCGGGACAGUUCACCAAGAAACAAGGCAUCUUUGGAAAAUACAAGAAGCCCAAGUUCAUCCAGUGCUUUAUGUUCAGUCUGACUGGAGAUGUUCUGACCGGAGACUCUGAAGGAAACAUCCUGACGUGGGGGAAAUCUGCCGCGGAUGUCAAAACGCUUGGUAAAGGAGCCAAAGAGACCUUCCAGAUCAUGCGACAGACCAGAGCCCAUGAAGGCAGCGUGUUCACCCUGUGCGCCCUGCGGGGUGGCGCUCUGCUCAGCGGAGGGGGGAAGGACCGUAAGAUCAUCCGCUGGAGCGCCGACCUGGCACCCGAGAGAGAGUGUGAGAUUCCAGAGAACUAUGGAGCGGUCCGUACCAUCGCUGACGUGGAUGGGGAGGAAGUAUUAGUUGGUACAACCCGUAACGCCAUCCUCAGAGGCACCUUCUCAGACGGAUUCGUGGCCAUAGUGCAGGGUCAUGUAGAUGAGAUGUGGGGGCUGGCUACACACCCCUCUCAGAACAUCUUCCUCACCUGUGGCCACGACAGGCAGGUGUGUUUGUGGAAAACAGAGGAACACAAGCUGGACUGGAGCAUCACCCUGGAGGAGUACGGCUUGUGUGCUGAUUUCUGCCCUAAUGGAUCAGUGGUUUCAGCCGGCCUCAGCACAGGAAGGUGGUUGGUCCUGGACCUGCUGACCACAGAGGUGGUCUCUGACUCCACUGAUGGGAACGAGCAGCUGUCUGUCAUGAGAUACUCGCCAGAUGGAAGCUUCUUAGCCGUUGGAUCUCAUGAUAACUUCAUCUACAUCUACACUGUGACCGAGAGUGGCCGACGUUACACCCGCUUCGGGAAAUGUAAUGGUCACUCUAGCUUCAUAACUCACCUGGAUUGGUCCAAAGAUGGAAAGUACAUCAUGUCUAAUUCCGGCGACUACGAGAUCCUCUACUGGGACAUAGCGGGGGGCUGUAAACUGUUGAGGAAUCGCUUUGAGAGCAAAGACAGAGAGUGGGCCUCCUAUACCUGUGUGCUGGGCUUCCAUGUCAUAGGUGUGUGGUUGGAGGGCUCUGAUGGCACAGACAUCAACGCCCUGUGUCGCUCUCACAGCGAGAGGCUGGUGGCCGUGGCGGAUGACUUCUGUAAAGUCCACCUCUUCCAGUACCCCUGUCCUAAACCCAAGGCACCGAGCCACAAGUACGAGGGCCACGGCAGCCACGUCACCAACGUCUGCUUCACCCACAACGACUCCCACCUCCUCUCCAUGGGCGGGAAGGACACUUGCAUCCUCCAGUGGAGGGUGAUCGGGGGCGAAAGCAGGGAGAGGCUGUUCUCGGCCUCGGCCUCGUCCACCUCCACCAGCUCUCCAGAACCUGCCACCAGCUAAGAAGUGACACGCGUUAUUAACAGUGACAGAGGGGGGGGGAGUGUUUACAGAGCCAGAGAGGCGUGUCAGUCAGUGGACAGCAGCGGUGGUUAUGGGCUCAGCCGGGCCUCUGUGGUGCCACUGCUGCCUCAGUUUCAUACAGAACAUGUAGAGGAAUCCUCUCCAGGAGGAAUGUCCACAUUACAUUUACACUCCUCCAUAAUCCUGUAAAUCCUUGUGAAACUGGACAGUGUGUUUCUUCCCUUAACACAGAGUCUUUCUGUUGUGGUGAGGAUCAGUAGAGGUGGUCAUCUAAUGUUUGCUGGUACAGAACAUGACUCGACUUCUAUGGUGACAAAGACUUUGGUUUCAGUGAACAUUCCUGUGUGUUACUCCAUCUCCUUUUAUCAAACUUACCAAAGUGCUGCAACGUGGCGUACGCCAUUGGGCCUAUAAAGACGUUUUGCAUAAUGCUUUUACAUAUUUUAAGCAGUGUGUGGUCGACUUCUCAGCUAAUAUUGAAGCUGUUUUUACGCUUGCAUCUGACAGACUGUGACAAACCUGUUCCAAUGAAAUCAUUUCUGACUAAUUAUCAUCUCUUAACAGUAGAUCAGUACACUUGAAAUAUGAUUACUUUAGUACAGUUUUAUAUAUUUAAGAGAGCAUUUGGGAAUAAUGUGAUGUUGUAUCUGUCAAGCUCCCAAUAAAUAACUGAAGACUGGAAAAGU